AUGGACUCAGACGAGUUUCGUGUUCGGCGGCUAACUCGAUCUGGAUCUGAAAAGUAUAAAAAGAGGAACGAUUCCCAAGAAGUUCGAGCUGCUCACAUUAAUCGAUUCUCUACUGAGCAAAUCAGAGUAAUCAUGAGCGACACAGAUCAAAGUCAAUCAAAGAAAAGGAAAACAUUAAAGAACAAAGAGUCUAAACCUUUUUGGAAUGAGAAGGCUGCUCAGAUAUCUCAACAGUGGGGCCUUGACCUCAAGACUCAGCCGGCGGAUAAAAGAGAGGGUGAAAAUAUUGAGUCCAACUCUUGGUUCUCGAUUGUCAAACACAAGCAGGCUCCACUCGUUAACGAUUCUCUAGAUUUGCCGCCAAAAGUCAACAGCGAGAAGGAGAUAUUGCGAGCCAGGCAUGUUAGGUUGUAUCCAACAGCGUCCCAACAGGAAACAUUGAGAAAGUGGUUCGGGACCCAGAGGUACCUGUAUAACCGAGCACUAAAAAUGCAUCGUGAUGGGCAGCCAAUGAAUAUUAAAACAUUGCGGCUGAAACUGACGAAUAAUGAUACAAAUAUACUGGAGCCCCAUGAGCAGUGGCCCAACGAGUACCACUAUACUUUGAAAGAUGAAGCUCUUCGUGAUUUAGUAAACCUAAAUUCGACCAUAACAAGGCCCACUACAAAGUACCGGAGUGCCCUUCAGAUUGAAGUUCAAGACGCGAAAGGCACGAAAGGCACGAACUCAGAGCCUUUCGGUUCUCAAGAGAUUUUGAAAUAA